AUGACAGCCUCUACCAUCAUUGAGCAGGUGCCUGGACCCGUGUCCAAGGCCACCUCGGACAAGCUCAACACUAUUUUCGACGCCCGAGCCGUUCACUUUGUCGUCGACUAUGACAAGAGUGAGGGGACAUAUAUCGUCGAUGUCGAUGGUAAUAAGUACCUUGACGUAUACUCUCAAAUUGCCUCCAUCCCCAUCGGCUACAACAACGCCGCACUCGCCGCCGCCGCCAAGUCGCCCGAGAUGAUCUCCGCGCUCAUCAACCGCCCUGCCAUCGGCAACUACCCGUCCGCGCAGUGGCACGACGUGCUCAAGAACGGCCUCCUCCGCGCCGCGCCCCCCGGCCUCGACAAGAUCUUCACCGCGCAGUCCGGCUCCGAGGCCAACGAGCUCGCUUACAAGGCCGCCUUCAUGCUGUACCGCCGCCGCCAGCGUGGCGCCGCCGACUGGGCGCCCGAAGAAGUGUCCUCGUGCCUCGACAACGCGCAGCCGGGCUCGCCCGCGCUCGCCGUCCUCAGCUUCGCCGACUCCUUCCACGGGCGCGGCUUCGGCAGCCUGUCCACCACGCGCUCCAAGGCGGUGCACAAGCUCGACAUCCCCGCCUUCGACUGGCCGCGCGCGCCCUUCCCGCGCCUACGAUACCCACUCGACGACCCCAAGAACGCCGCCGCCAACGCCGCCGAGGAGGCGCGCUGCCUGGCCGCCGUCGAGGCGCUCAUCACCGGCUGGCGCUGCCCGGUGGCCGCCGUCAUCGUCGAGCCGGUGCAGAGCGAGGGCGGCGACAACCACGCGUCGCCGGCCUUCUUCCGCGGCCUGCGCGAGAUCACGGCGCGCCUCGGGGCGUGCCUCAUCGCCGACGAGGUGCAGACGGGCUUCGGCGCGACGGGCAGGUUCUGGGGCCACGAGCACUGGGGGCUCGACGCGCCGCCGGACAUGGUGACGUUUUCGAAGAAGGCGCAGACGGCGGGGUACUUCUUCACGGACCCGAUGCUGAUCCCGGACAAGGCGUACCGACAGUUCAACACGUGGAUCGGUGACCCAGCCCGAGUUAUACUGAGCAAGGCUGUCGUUGAGGAGAUUCUCGACAACAAGCUGGUUGAGCAAUGUGCUCGCGUCGGUGACGUCUUGUACUCUGAGCUGGAGAAGCUGGCGUCCAAGUACCCGACUCAGAUCCAGAACCUCCGUGGUAAAGGACAAGGAACAUUUAUUGCAUUUGACGUCCAGGACCCCGUCGCCUUUGUUGCGGCAAUGAAGAAGCGCGGCGUCAACAUUGGCACUUGCGGCGUUUCCACAGUCCGUCUUCGUCCAAUGCUGAUUUUCGACGAGACACACAUCCCUAUCCUGAUCAACACAAUGGAGGCGGUGCUCUCUUCCUUGUAG